GCCGGGCCUUUUAAUUGGUGAAGCAGCAGACAGACUCUGCUUCGGAUUGGCCAGAUCUCAGGAGGCGGGGCGAACUCAGUGGACUAAGUCACUGAAUGGUGCAAAGGAAAGUCAGUUAGAGUCUGAGUCCCGCCUUCUGAGAUUGGCGGGUAGCCUAGCAACGCAGGAACAACAGAGGUGGUUGUGGGCAGAGAAAAUUGGAGUUCUUGGAUCCGAAUAGAGAGAGACUGAGAAGGAAGGAGAGAGACUCCUGCAGCACCUUCAGUGCACGUGAAGCACCCGCCCUGCAGGGACCAGUGGCUGUGAACCUAGCUCCAGUGCAUUCGACUUUGGUGGCCCCUACUUUUUUAAUUUCCUUUUUGUUUACUUCAUAUGAGAUGAAGAUAUUUUCACAUGAGAGAGAGAGAAGCUAGAGCACGACUCUUGUAUAUGUGGAACCAAGGAUUGAACGAGGAGCCGAAGCCACACAGGUCCUGUGCCCCGUCUUGCCAGCCAGGCUGUGGCAGCCAGUAGCACAGGAGGCCGGCAGAGUGUGCCCGGGCGCCCCGGGGCCAGGCAGGCAACAUGGCGCUGGAGUCCCUCACCGUGGCCCCCCUCUACCAGAGCCCCGACCUCAACAGGCUGCGGCUGAUGGCUGAGCCCACCAAGAAGCCAGCCAGCCAGCUCAAAAGCCUGGUCCCGUCCAAGACCAAGCUCACCACCAUCGAGGCCAAGAGGAUCAUGUCAGUCCUGGACGAGACCAUCGAGAAGGUGGAACUGGUGACGUUGCUGAGUGCCGCGGCUGCCCGUGCCCAGGAGCUGCAGGGGGCGCUGGGGGAGGACCUGGUGGAGCUGCUGGGCCCACACGAGGAGCUGUGCCAGGCCGCGGCUGCCAGGGUCAGCCACCUGCAGGAGGAGGAGCGGUGGCUGCAGAAGGCUGAGGCGCAGGAUGACUGGAACUUCGAGGACCGCCUGCUGUCAGUGGAGCUGCAGAGGGCCAGCCUGCCGACGUUCACGCAGCAGGCCAAGGACUCCACCCGGAACCUGCUGCGGGCCCUGCUCACCACCCCACAGGCCGCCCGCAUGCUGAAGGCACAGGUCCUGGACAGGAGCCCCGCGGCCCAGGCCUUCAUCUCCAGCCUGCAGGAGCUGCGUGGCUUCCUGUUUGAGAAGCUGCUCACCAGCCCCAUGGAGGCGCGGGAGAAGGCUCAGUUCCUGCAGGACAUUAGCCGACGCCACCAGCGGAACCAGGAGGUCAUCACCGCGCUGGAGAAGGAGCUGGCGGGGAGCAUGAGGAACAGGGACGCAGAGGUGGAGAAGGAGAACUUCGUGAUCCAGGAGCUGAAGAACCACCUGCACCAGGUGCUCCGCUUCUCGGAGAACAACCUGCUGCGCACCAAGCAGGAGGCAGAGAAGCAGCAGAAGGCUGACUCGCGCGCCUCGCAGGCCCGGCUGGCCCGGACGCAGCAGGAGAUCCUGCAGCUACGCACGCAGCUCCACAACCUGGUGGCAGAGAACCGCGAGGCUGAGCAGGCGCUGCGUAAGAAGAAAUACAAAGUGGAGACAGAAAUCGAGAACUGGAUCCAGAAGUAUGACUCAGAGAUGAGGGAGAAGCAGGACGAGCUGGAGGAGCUGGACACCAUCCACAAGGAGGAGCAGGUCCAGCUGCAGGAGCUGCGGCAGAGGCACCAGGCGCUGGUGGAGGAGUUCACGCAGAUCCAGGCUGAGCGGGAGGUCAACAACCGCAAGCGUCUGGAUGCAGAGCAGGAGAUGGUGCGCAUGGUGCGGGCUGCCACGCUCAUCCAGGCCUUGUGGAAGGGCUACCUGGUGCGCUCAAUGCUCAAGUCCAGGAGGAAGAAGCGGGGCAAGGGCAAGGACAAGGCCCCCCCGGGCAAAGGCAAGGGCAAGGGCAAGGGCAAAGGCAAGGGCAAGAAUUGAGCACCCUCACUCACCACAGAGCGGGGUAGCAGGGAGCCCUGGGGAGAGGUGAAUACCCGGGAUCAAACAUCACUUUAAACCACCUCCUAGAAAUAAAGCUCACCUCCCCCAG